CUGGUUAUUACAAACGAAAUUACGAAGAUAGCUCACAACAACUGGUCACAAGCCUUACAGGAUCUACUGAGAGAAGAAACUACCAUGGAUAAUAAAUGGGAAGGGAUAAACAAGAAGACAGCAAUUAACAACAGCCGGACAAGAGCAGCCGAAUUCAAGGCGCAAGCUAAAUACACAGAAGCAAACAAUGAAGCGGGAGGAAAUAUGAAACAAUUAUAUGACACGACGAUGAAACUGUCAAAGAAGGCAAACCAAUCAGAACUCUUGAAUAGAUCAUCUCCAUUGAAUCCAUCGGAUAUCGAAGCAGAACACACAGACCUUCCUAUCGCUGUCACUUCACCAACGAUCAAAGAAAUCAAGAUGGCCGGCCAUCAGACAAAUCAAGACAGAGGCACUGAUGUCAGACAUAGAAGUAACUGCAAACAUGCUCCACGUUCUAUUCAGGAAGAUUUGGAAAGAAGAACAAGUACCGACAAAUUACAUCACACUACUAUCAGUACCAGGAAAUGUUUUCAACAAAGCCGGAUACCAUAA